UACACCAGAAGCUACACCGUUGGCGCGAAUAACAACAAAGCUGAUAUUUUAAUUUCUCCUAACUAUUAACACUAAAUUAUCACAAAAUGUACGUGUAUUCUUCGGUGCUGCGGGAACUAGUAAUUAUUCGUUUACGAUAAUAGGAAUACUCGUGUUUUUGAAUUUUAUUUUUAACGUUAUAUGCUUGUUUGAAUGUUAGCUAACAGUGUUCAAGUAAGUUAGCGCAGCAGGCUCUGUCUAAAACGGACAUAGUUAGGUUAUAAACUGUUUUAUUUGGAGCAUUUUCUCGAGGAAAAAAGACAUUGACGUUAAGCUAGUCCUCCAUGACUAGUUAGCGUUCAUGUCAAAUACUGUCAGAGUAUUGACACUGCCUCUAUUUUUCUGACAGCCCAUCAAGAGUUACAGGUUGACCAUGUCCAAAGGAGACAAGGAAGGCUUCAUUGUCAAGUUUGUGGAAAGUAAUGGACAAAGGACAGAAUAUGCUGCCAAAGCUUAUGAGGCCAUUUCAGAGCUCCAGUCUGACAAGUACUUGAAAACCAUCGAAGAAGAUGCAGUUUUACAGAUGGACCAGAAGGACAAGUCUCUGUUUGUCUUCAGCAGCUUCACCAGCCCAGCCUUUCUGCACUGCAAAAGGCUUGGCUGCCGGGUGGUGAGCCCACUGGUGGUGUUGUACUGUCUGCAGCAGCAGCAUUGUGUUCCCAGAGCAGAGAAACCCGUCUAUAACAUGGCCAUGGCUGACAUCACUAUUUCCUGCACCAGUCUGGAUAAAGCAACACGGACAGAGGUGAUGGAUCUGGUGCAGCUCAUGGGUGGACGGGUCUAUCUGGACUUAAAUGUAUCUGUCACACACCUGAUAGCGGGAGAGGUGGGCAGCAAGAAAUAUCUGGUAGCUGCCAGCCUUGGUAAACCCAUCCUGCUGCCCACAUGGAUCAAAGCCUGCUGGGAGAAAUCUCAGGAUAGUCUUUUCAGGUAUACAGAUCUGCCCAUUGAGGACUAUCUGUGCCCUGUGCUGCGUGGCUGCACUGUUUGUGUGACAGGCCUCUCCAGCACAGAGCGCAAAGAGGUGCAGCGGCUCUGUGAACAGCACGGAGCCACCUACAGCGGUCAACUCAAGAUGAAUGAGUGUACACACCUCAUCGUUAGUGAGCCGACAGGUCAGAAGUACGAGUGUGCAAAGAAGUGGAAUGUGUAUUGCGUGUCUUUGCACUGGCUGUUUGACAGCAUAGAGAAGGGCUUUUGUCAAGACGAGAGCAGGUACGCUGUGGAGCGUAAUGCAUCAAAGACAACUCGACCUCACACCUCAACCCCCACUGGCACCAACAAGAAGGACGAGGGUCCAUCUCUGUUGGGUUUAAGUCACAUAUCUGUCAAUGCCAGCAUGACAAUAAAUGACACAGCCCUCACCAAUGGCAGCAUCAGCCGCCUGGAGGCUCCAGACCCCAUAGACACUCUAGAUCUCACCGUCUGCCCAGCUGAUGAUAUACUGGAUGGCUGUAAGCUGUAUCUGUGUGGCCUGCCAGGGAAGAAACUGGAGAAGCUGAAGCGUCUUGUGAAUGCUGCAGGAGGUCUGCGCUUCAAUCAGCCCAGUGAGGAACUCACACAUGUGGUCAUGGGAGAGCUGGACCAGGAGCUCAAGAAUUUUCUCUCCAAAGCAACACAUAGACCCCACGUAGUGACAGUACAGUGGCUGCUGGACAGUUUCAACAAAGGCAGUCUACUCCCAGAAGCAGAUUACCUCCACCCAGACUGUCUGCCCCUGGCUGCGGCUGCUGUCACUGUGCCUGCCCAUCACACUCCCACCUCCCGGGUCUCAGCUGGUCCGCCUGCAGCCAGUCCCAGUACUCCCAGACAAACAAGAGCAGAGGAAGAUCUGCUCUCACAGUACAUGGAUGACGACCCUACAGUAGUGGAUAUGCCCCCACCAGCAGAGGGCAGCAGCAGGAGGUCCGUCAGUAUAUCUGUAGAGCCUCAGCCUGAAUCCUGGGCACCAAACCACACCAGAGGACCAGAGGCGGACUCGACCUUGCAGGAAGCCAGCGCUGCAGGCCUGUUUUUCAAGAAACGUUUCCUCCUUGUGGGCUUUGGCGCUGAGGCCGAGGCCCAGCUUUCUCUACUGGUGAUGGAAAACGGAGGCAGGGUGCUGAUGGGUCGCACACGUGUUGUGGCAGACUACGCGGUGGUACCACUAUUGGGCUGUUCAGUGGAGGCAACAGUGGACGAGGUGGUCACAGAUACCUGGCUGGCCAUGUGUGUGGAGAAGGAGUGUGUUCUGCAGCUGUCCUCCAACCCUUUGUUCACCCCUGUUCCUGUGAUGGACGGACGUUUUCCUCUCAAAGACUGUGUUCUGUCUGUCAGUCAGUUCACCGGAGCAGAGAGGGAGUCUUUGGUGGACCUGGCCAAGCACCUCGGAGCCAAUGUCCAGGAUUACUUUGUGCGCCUGGCCAACCAGAAGAAAGGGAUGCUGGCCAGCACUCAUCUGGUGCUGCAGAGCCCAGAGGGCACAAAGUACCAGGCAGCCAAGAAAUGGGGGCUUCCAGCCGUCACUAUGCACUGGAUACUAGAGUCUGCUCGGACCGGCCAGCGGGCGGAGGAGGGGCGUUUUCUAGUUGACCUGCCACCCUCACCAGAGAGGGAUGAUGAGAGUUUUGUCGGUGGCUCCCAGAGGCAAGCCAUGCCUCCACCAGCACGUUCGUCCCCAGAGAUCCCUCUCCUGGGUCUCCAGAGUGGCAAGGCUGUUACCCCGCUGGAUCUGGGCCGCUUCCAGAGCAAAGUGUUCCGCUCUGUGUUGGACGCGAAGAAACCAAAAGAGGACGUCAGCACCCCCAAACAAAACCAGGGGGUUGGCAAAAGGAACCCCCUUCAGAAGGAAGCGCCUCUGCAGCUGGACACUCCCUCCCGUUUCCUCAGCAGAGACCAGCUGUUCAGGCCUUCCUUCAAUGUCAAGGAUGCACUUGGAGAUCUGGAGACUCCAGGGGGAAGAUCCAAACCAGGAGAGAGGGUAGAUACUCCACUGACUGAUGUCAUCAACAGGAAUCUGAGGGUAGCUCUCGCCAACAGCUCCCGAAAUUCCACCUCAGAUAUGCAAGCCAUCUCUGCUAGCCCCCAGUUUACCAAGACGACUGAGAAGGAGGUCCCAGAAAAAGAAGCCGGCCCUCUGACUGGUGUCGUGAUCUGCGUAGGGAAGAAGCUGAGCAAAAUGCAAAGUGAACUCAAUGCCAUUGCUGCCUCACUUGGAGCUGACUUCAGGUGGGCUUGUGAUGACACAGUGACACACUACAUCUACCAGGGCCGUGUCGGGGACAACACCCGGGAGUACAGAGGAGUGAAAGAGAGAGGGCUGCAUGUGGUCUCCCAGUGCUGGCUACAGGCUUGUGCUGACGAGCAGAGACAUGUCCCCGAGUCUCUCUAUCCUUUCACCUACAACCCCAAGAUGAGCCUGAACCUCAGCCAGGUGCCCAACAGCUCUCAGAGGUCUCCACCUUUAACACGAACCCAACGCAAAGACGCCACUGACGCAAAGGACGACAAGAGUGAACACGUUGCCACAGAAGAAGCCACAACUUUACGUCGUGUAAGUGAUGGAAGCGUCGAUCGGGAAGAGAUGAAUGAUACUGCAGAUAAAAGUGAUAGUUCAGAGACUCUAGAAAUGAGAGAGAACCUGCAGAGGCAGCUCCAGGAGAUCAUGUCAGCCACCAAGCUGACGACAGGGAGGCGUACCUCAGUCAGACUCAGCAGGAUGGGAUCAGGAGGGGCCGACUCGGGCCCCAACACACCUGAUGGGAGCCGGGUCGGACGCUGCGGGAGCAGACGAACUCUGGAAGCUCUCAGGGUUUCCAGAGAAGCAGCCAUGGACUUCAACACAGAGCCAUCUCAGAGUGAACAGAUCGUUUGGGACGACCCUACAGCCAGGGAGGAGAGAGCCAAGCUGGCUGAUAACCUACAGUGGCCUGGGAGUCCCUCACAACACUCUGAGCCCCUCGCACCUCCACCUCCUCCCACCGCAGAAAACGGCCCUCAGUUCAGGGACUCCAUGACGGACUCAGAGCUAGUGGAGAUGGCUGCUUGUGAAGUCAUUGACCAGCAUAUGGGUCCGAGAAUCACAACGCCCCUGACAGAGAGGCGAGAAAAUGACCUCCUUACUCCUGAAGCCCCGAGCAUCGCCUUCCCUCUCGCCAAACCUGCAGUAGCACCGGAGCCACAGGAGGAGCGUGAGGAAGAAAAGCAGCCACCCAGAUUUCAGCUGUCCUCCCUCAGCCCUCAGGAGCGCAUUGAUUACAGUCACCUCAUAGAGGAGCUUGGCGGUGUAGUCCUGGACAAGCAGUCUUUCGACCCCAGCUGUUCCCAUAUCAUCGUAGGGACUCCUCUGCGCAACGAGAAGUACCUGGCAGCAAUGGCGGCGGGCAAAUGGAUUCUGCACCGCUCGUACCUGGAGGCCUGCCGCUCUGUUGGACGCUUUAUCCCGGAGGAGGAGUAUGAGUGGGGCAGUAGCUCCAUUCUGGAUGCGUUGCCCUCCAUCACCUCCCAGCAGAGGAGGCUGGCGUUAGCUGCCAUGCGCUGGAGAAAAGCACUGCAGGGACACUCUGAGCAAGGGGGAGCCUUCAGUGGGUGGACUGUCAUGCUGAACAUCGACCAGAGCAGAGAAUCAGGCUUCAGGCGGUUACUGCAGUCUGGCAGGGCGAAGGUCCUGCUGAGUCCCUCCCCGUCCUUGUACAAGGAGGCCACUCACCUGUUUGCAGACUUCAGUCGGCUGAAGCCUGGAGACUUCAGAGUCGAUGUAUCUGAAGCUACCUCUCAUGGAGUCACAUGCCUAAAACCAGAGUACAUCGCAGACUACCUCAUGCAGGAGCCGACCCCGCCCAUCGAGCUGUACUACCUGACUGAAGCUCCCUCUGAAGAAACUCCAGACACUCCGUCACGUAAGCGCAAAGCAGCCGCAGACAACUCCAGGCUGAAAAAGACACGUCUGACCUGAAAAUGUCACUACUUACUAUUGUUAUGAAAAUUCCCAUAUCUGUGAAAAUGAUUGUAAAUAAGAUUUUCCCUUUUUUAAAUUAAAAAUAAAAUGAAUGUAGCAUC